AUUGAUAGCCGAGUUUGAAUGUUAAAGAAAAUUGAGGGAUAAAAGACAAUAACCUAUCGUCUUAAAAUAUCAUAGAACAGUCCACUAACGAUAUUGCAUUCUGUUGAAAAAAAAAAUAGAUUCCUGAAAAGAAAUUGACACUUGACUACUUGAAUGAUGUUAUACCAAAUUACUAGCAAAGAGGAAGAAGAAGAGAACUCGCUAUUAUCAAAAACCGAAAUAUAGCUACAGCUAACAGAAUGUCGCAGCACGGGGAAGUGGUGGAGGAUUUUUAUGGGGUGUACUUACUCUACUGUAUCAAUCCGAAGUUCAAAGGGCGGACCUACAUAGGUUUUACUGUCGAUCCAAAUCGACGUAUCAAACAGCACAACACUGGAGUCAGAGCUGGAGGAGCUUACAGAACUAGUAAUCGAGGACCUUGGGAAAUGGUCCUCAUUGUUCAUGGGUUUCCGAAUGAUAUUUCUGCCUUGCGGUUUGAAUGGGCUUGGCAACAUCCCGAAAAAAGCCGUAGAUUACGAAGCGUUGACCGUAAGAAGAGUAGUGAAAAGAAGUUUGACUAUUUAAUAAAAGUUCUUGCUACCAUGCUACGAACCAAGCCUUGGGCACGUCUUCCGUUGACCAUAAGGUGGCUGAAACAAGAGUAUAUGAAAGAAUUUCCUGUAGGGAUGGAAGCCCCUUUACAUAUGCCAAUGGCCUAUGGCCCUGUUAAGCCUCAAAAAGUGUCGUCACCUCAGAAACAAGCUUCUUCAGUUAACAGCAGCCAAGAAACCUUUUCAACUUGUAUAUUAUGCGAAGAACUUAUAAGGUCAUCUGACUUAAUGAGAUGCCUAAAGUCAACAUGCAAGAUGACAGCUCAUGUGAGAUGUCUCGCAGGUCACAUGUUGAAUGAUGAAAGUCCGGAUAUAUUACUACCUUUAGAGGGCCAGUGUCCAGAUUGCAAGAGCGUUCUAUUAUGGGGUGACCUGGUUAGGCUGAAACGCGGUUGCUACAGAGAAUCUGAAGACGUAGAAGAGCACUGGGCAGAGUCACUCACAAGGGAUGAUGAUACUACUUGACAGUGAUGCUUUUUGGCUACAGAUUUUCCAUUUUCACUUACAUUUCCAGGUACAUAUAUUGUCUUUGCUGCUGCUGUAUCUCCUUAAAACAUAUUCUGAAGUUGCUCUCGAUAUAGAUCUAAUAGUUGACACUUGAGGCAGUGAAAAGAGGGAGAUGGAGUGGUUGGACAGCAAGAUAAGAGUCAGAAAGCUAAGGAGACGAAUUACAAUGAUCUAAAGUUAAAAUUGGGAAAAAAAACCCAGAGUCGCAACAGGAAGUAAUAGAUAAAGACAGCAAGAAUGAAGAAAGGAAGUAGGAAUGGAGGUAAAGUAAAAUAGAUGUACGUGUAUGUAGUAAUGAAUUGUAAUAAAAAUUCUAACAGCUGUA